AUGAUCAUCCGCCCUCACAUGGAGAACAAACGCUCGCUCAGACUUGCACCUCCUAAGAUAAGCGUUUCUCCCUCCCCCUUCCCUGUUAGCAUACGACCGCAGCUCUCACCGGUGUUGGUUACCCGGUCUUCCAUAAGGUUGCCCGUACCCCGACCAGCACCGCGGGAAGACAUCGAAGACUUGCAGCUGCAUAUCUUCGUCGACGGCAGCGAGACUGCUUACGCUUGCGUCGCCUACUUCAGGGCCGUGAUCCAAGGAAACUUCCACUGUGCGCUCGUCGGAGGAAAGACGAUAGUAGCACCACUGAAAGCAGUCUCCAUUCCCAGAUUGGAGCUGCAAGCGGCGCUCAUAGGCUGUAGGCUGAUGAAAACGCUAUGCAAUAGUCACAGUCUGCCAAUUUCGCGACGAGUAUUUUGGACCGACUCGAAAACCGUCCUUUCUUGGAUCAAUUCCGAUCACCGACGCUACCGGCAGUUCGUCGCCUGUCGAAUAGGCGAGAUACUAUCUAAAUCGAACGCUCAAGAGUGGCGAUACGUUCCGUCGAAGAUAAAUGUGGCAGAUGAUGGAACAAAGUGGGGAAGUGGUCCUAAUCUGCAAUCGGACAGUCGUUGGUUCAAAGGGCCGGAGUUCCUGCGGAAGGCAGAAGUGUUUUGGCCACAUCAAGUCGAACCAGAGCAAGUCGAAGAGGAAAUCAAACAGUGCAACGUCCACCUAGUUGCAGAGCGGAGCGAAGUUAUCGAUUGGCACCGCUUCUCCAAGUUCGAAAGACUUAGGCGAACAGUCGCCUAUACUCACCGCUUCGUGGACAACUGUCGACGGAAGAUUUUGAAGCAGCCACUACAGUCAUCGCAUGUCAAUCAGGAGGAAUUCAUUAAGGCUGAGAAUACACUCUGGCGACUGGCUCAGCAACCUGAGUUUCCGGAGGAAAUGUUCCAGUUACAGCAGGCGAAAGAAGGGCGAAAAACGAAACUGGAUAAAACUAGUCGCAUCUACAAAUUGUCGCCGUUUAUCGACGAAGCCGGCGUCGCUAGGAUGGACACACGCAUCGCGAAGGCAUUCUUCGUAUCGUACGACACCAAAUUCCCAAUCAUUCUUCCGAAAGGUCAUCGUUUAACCAACCUGGUCAUCGAGUGGUACCACCGUUACUACCUGCACGCAAACAACGAAACCGUAAUCAAUGAAGUCCGCCAGCGAUUCCACAUCCCCUGUCUUCGGACGCUGGUGCGGAAUCUCUCAAAAACGUGUAUGCAGUAA